AUGAAUGGCUAUGAAGCGAAAGGCCUCGACGAGGAUGCCUUUGGGGACAAGGGUAAUCUGUCAGGGCUAAAGACCUUUGACGCUUUCCCCAAAACCAAAGCAUCCUAUACAACACCCACCACCCGCGGCGGCCAAUGGACCGUUAUAAUCCUCGCCAUCUGCACCCUCUUCAGCUUCCACGAGCUCAAGACCUGGUGGCACGGCACAGAACAGCACAACUUCAGCGUGGAAAAGGGCGUCUCCCACCAGCUCCAGCUUAACCUCGACAUAGUCGUGCACAUGCCCUGCGACACGCUCCGCGUGAACAUCCAAGACGCGGCCGGCGACCGCAUCCUCGCCGGCGAACUGCUCCAGCGCGAAGAAACCUCGUGGAAACUGUGGAUGCAGAAGCGCAACUACGGGUCGCACGAGUACCAGACGCUCAGCCAUGAGGAGGCUAGUCGGCUGAGCGCGCAGGAGGAGGAUGCGCAUGUGCACCAUGUGAUGGGUGAGGUGCGGCGCAACCCGAGGCGCAAGUUUGCGAAGGGUCCGCGGAUGCGAUGGGGGGAGAAGCCGGAUGCUUGUCGGAUUUAUGGGAGUUUGGAGGGGAAUAAGGUACAGGGGGAUUUCCACAUUACGGCGCGUGGUCAUGGAUAUCGGGAGUUGGGGGAGCAUUUGUCGCAUGAGGCAUUCAACUUCUCCCACAUGAUCACCGAACUCUCCUUCGGCCCACACUACCCAAGCCUCCUCAACCCGCUCGACAAGACAAUCGCCGAAAGCGAAACCCACUACCACAAAUUCCAAUACUUCCUCUCCGUCGUCCCAACCCUCUACACAAAAGGCCGCUCCGCCUUCAACGCCUACACCCUCAACCCUUCCUCGCUCGAAGCCCGCCAAACCCGCAACGCAGUCUUCACAAACCAAUACGCCGCAACCAGCCAGUCCGGCCCGAUCCCUGAGUCCCCCUAUCUCAUCCCUGGUAUCUUCUUCAAGUAUAAUAUUGAGCCAAUCUUGUUGCUGGUCAGCGAGGAACGGACGGGGUUUUUGAGAUUGAUGAUUCGGUUGAUUAAUACCGUUUCGGGGGUGCUUGUUACGGGAGGUUGGGUUUAUCAGAUUUCCGGUUGGGUGGGUGAGUUUAUGGGGAAGAGGAAGAGACAGAGUGAGGGUGUUUUGACGGGGAAGCAUUAUUCGGAUUGA